AUGGAAGCCGCAGUGCGACCCAGCAAGUCAAGCCGUGUACACCUUUACAUCUCUACUUGCAAAGCAUCCUUUGCAAAGAGUAAUUAUCCCCUUUCCCAUCAGGCAGACCAACAAUAUAGCCCCGCCCAGGCCCAGACCCAGGGUUAUGACUUGACAUGCGCCAACAUCCACCCCAUCUUUGAUCUGCUGGAGCACGUGAAGGGACCCAACCCACAGACCCAAUGCUGCAGGAUCUCUACUACACAGCGUGGCGAAGCCGCUCCGCCACCCUCUCCGUCGCCUCGGCAGCUGCCCUCGCUCUCCAUGCUCUGCGCCCACAUCCAACUAGCCACCAUUACUGACCAGCAGCAGUUGAGAGUGUUGCCACAGGCCCAGGAGUCUCAGAAGGACCCACAUCCUGAGACAUUUGCGUCAAUAUUCUGGCUCAAGAAACAGGGACAGAUGCCUGGCCUUACAUUUUCCAACGAACUUAUUAGCAGAGAUGAGCGUUUACACUGUGGCUUUGCCUGCCUGAUGUUCAGGCACCUGGUAAGCAAGCCGCCGGAGCAAAGAGUACAAGAAAUCAUUAUCAACGCAGUGAGGGUAGAGCAGGAGUUUCUCACAGAGGCCCUGCCUGUGAAGCUCAUCGGGAUGAACUGCACCCUCAUGAAGCGGUACAUCGAAUUCGUGGCGGACACGCUUAUGCUGGAGCUGGGGUUCAGCACGAUUUCCAAAGUAGAAAAUCCGUUUGACUUCACGGAAAAUACUUCACUAGAAGGGAAGACAAACUUCCUUGAGAAGCGAGUGGGCGAGUAUCAGAGGAUGGGGGUGAUGUCAAAUUCAGCAGAGAAUUCUUUUACCUUGGAUGCUGACUUCUGA